AUGGCAGGAACACAAGGACCAGUUGUUUUUUGUCUACAUGGAGGUGGUUAUUCUGGGCUUUCAUUUGCUUUGGCAGCAAGUAAAAUUAAGCAGAAAGCUCGGGUAGUAGCUAUGGACCUGAGGGGGCACGGAAAAUCAUCCUCAGAAAGUGAACUAGAUCUAUCUAUUGAGACUCUAUGUGGUGAUGUCCUGGCUGUUGUGAAGACUAUGUAUGGAGAUUCUCCUCCUGCAAUUGUGCUUGUUGGCCACAGGUUUGGCCCUUUUCAUAAGUUGAUGGGCAAUGUGUGA